AUGCUACUAGGAAAACCUCAAUUGCUCAACUAUUUGAAAAUUGAUUUUUAUACUACCAAUGGAUCAAAAUUGAAUUCAAAGUCAGCAGCAACACAGAGCUGCAACAAAGGUACAGUUGCGCAAAUAGUGCAUAAUUCAAAUAUCAGCUGCGAUGUUGUCAAUUCUUUGUCUCCUACGAAUGAACAAAAUUUUCGAUCAACGAUUGAUCAUCAGAUGCUCUUCAACCAAAAUUCUCAUCAGCCGAUUACUCCAAUCAAUCAUAGAAGACCAUCUGCAUCAGAGAUACUUAGUCAAACCAAAAACAAUGCAAUGCUCAAUGAUCCAUUUGCUGCUCAAAUAUAUCUCCAGUUAUUCAGAUUGUUAGACGAAAAAUCUUUCAGAACAACAUCACUGGCUAAUUUCUUGGUCUUUCUUGAAAAUACCAAAUUGCUUAUCGAUAGCUUGCUUCAUCACAAGCAAUCUGAUAUUGAUAUGAAAUCUAUGAUGAUAUUUAGUCCAAUUAUUAACAUUACCGAUUCACCUGGCAAACAUCAGUCUUCCAAAAAGCCAUCCAAUAGAAGUAUAUUACAUUUCAAGUUUUACAAAGAAGUUUUCAAUCGAAAUAAUCUACAGAAUAAAACCAUCAUCUUCAGCAAUAAAUAUCAUCAGGAUGAGCCCAUCAAUAUCUUUGUAAUCAGAACUUCGGUUGGUGAACCAAGUUUAAAAAUGUGGCCAUUUUGCCCAUUCCCAUUUGUUCCAAUCAUGAUUGAUUGA